AUGAGCUUCAGUAGAAAGUGGGCCGAAUUGUUUCUCGUUGCUUUGGCGCUUUCAGUUGUGGAGCUUAAUGCCAAGUCCAUAAAGGGAACAGGAGGAGAUCGGCAAUUAGUGAGAGAAUGGCUUAGAGAAAAUGAGGGAGGAGAGGUGGAUGAGCCUAUGGAAGAAAAUAUCUCACUUUUACCGCUCAAAUUUGUUCGCAGAUCAGCUCUUGACAGUGACAUCUUCGCCAAUGGCUUGCGAUGGCGUAGAAAGCGUCCGCAUUACUACUACUAA